AUGGAAGAUGAUGGGUUUAAAGUAGUAAGGUAUAAAAAAGGUAAGUCUAGGUUUAAGAAACUUGGGUAUGAACCGGCUCAGAGAAUAGCUGGAUCGCUUGAUGAUAUACGAUUAGCGAUUGAGAAAGCUGACGCUCAGAUUAGGAAUAGUGGACUGAGUACAUGGAUAAUAAUGAAGUUGAAUCAAAUUCUGGAAAACCGGAGAAUCAAUCAUGUGUACGUGAUCGGUAACGGCCACUUUGAUGCACCUUGGGAACCUGGAACACAUCAGCUAGCACUUGUUAAGGUAAUAUGUGACGAAUAUCGAGCGGAAAUGACUUUUCAAGUGAGUGCGUGCUUUUUCUUCGGUUUGUUCGGUUAA